AUGUUAUGAAAUGUAAAAUCCCUCCACACAUGAGGAAAAGAGCCCUCUUGUGGUAAUGUUAGAGGAAUAGAAGCUGGAGACACAAUCUGCUAUUCAGUAAGACAAACAUCGGUAAAGCCAAGCAGUGAGAAAAGAAGGGUUCUUCAUGACAAAAUGACAGCAAGAGAACACAGUCCCCGCCAUGGGGCAAAGUCCCGCACAGUGCAGCGGGCCUCCACCAUUGAUGUCACCUCUGACUUGCUGGGCCUUUCUCUAGCAGGAAAUAUUCAGGAUCCAGAUGAGCCGAUUUUAGAGUUCAGUUUAGCUUGCAGUGAGCUGCUAACUCCGUCGCUAGAUCGAAAACCAAAUAGUUUUGUAGCAGUGAGCGUAACUACACCUCCUCAGGCAUUCUGGACGAAGCAUGCACAGACAGAAAUUAUUGAGGGAACGAGUAAUCCUAUCUUUCUAAGCAGCAUUGCCUUUUUUCAAGACUCUCUUAUCAAUCAAAUGACACAAAUCAAACUCUCCGUGUAUGAUGUCAAAGAUAGAUCUCAGGGAACAAUGUAUUUGUUGGGUUCUGGGAUGUUCACUGUAAAAGAACUACUUCAGGAGAAGAAUCACAGGUUGCACUUAACACUAAGGUCCGCUGAAAGUGACCGUGUAGGUAACAUUACAGUUAUUGGAUGGCAAAUGGAGGAAAAAACUGACCAAAGGCCUCCGGUGACGAGGUCGCCCGAUACGAUUAAUGGAAGGACUGUGUUGCCAGUUGAUGAAAGUUUAACAGAAUCUUUAGGAAUCAGAUCCAAAUAUGCUUCAUUACGGAAAGAUGCACUACUGAAAUCUGUGUUUGGUGGUGCCAUUUGCCGAAUGUAUCGCUUCCCAACCACUGAUGGAAACCACUUGAGAAUCUUGGAGCAGAUGGCUGAGAGCAUACUGUCGCUGCACAUCCCUAGGCAAUUUGUGAAACUUCUUCUAGAAGAAGAUGCAGCAAGGGUUUGUGAACUAGAAGAACUGGGAGAACUGUCUCCUUGUUGGGAAAGCCUUCGUCGACAAAUAGUUACUCAGUACCAAACAAUUAUUUUAACUUAUCAGGAAAAUCUAACUGACCUGCACCAGUAUAAAGGUCCUUCAUUUAAAGCCAGUAGUUUGAAAGCUGAUAAAAAAUUGGAAUUUGUUCCUACGAAUUUACAUAUACAAAGAAUGAGAGUCCAGGAUGAUGGAGGAUCAGAUCAGAACUACGACAUAGUCACCAUAGGAGCACCAGCAGCUCAUUGUCAAGGCUUUAAGUCAGGUGGCUUGCGGAAAAAGCUGCAUAAAUUUGAAGAGGCAAAGAAACACAGUUAUGAGGAGUGUUGCACUUCAACAAGUUCCCAGUCUAUAAUAUACAUCCCACAGGACAUUGUUAGAGCAAAGGAAAUUAUUGCACAGAUCAACACCCUGAAAACGCAAGUCAGUUACUAUGCAGAAAGGCUCUCAAGAGCUGCUAAGGACAGAUCAGCUAAUGGCCUUGAAAGAACGCUUGCCAUCCUAGCAGACAAGACCCGGCAACUUGUCACGGUCUGUGACUGUAAGCUGUUGGCAAAUUCAAUACACGGACUGAAUGCUGCAAGGCCAGACUAUAUAGCUUCAAAAGCAUCUCCAACCUCUGGAGAAGGGGAGCAAGUGGUGCUGAGGAAUGAUCAAGAUACACUUGUGGCCAGAUGGACAGGAAGAAAUAGCCGAUCUUCUCUGCAGGUGGAUUGGCAUGAAGAGGAAUGGGAGAAAGUUUGGUUGAAUGUUGACAAAAGUCUGGAGUGUAUUAUACAGAGAGUGGACAAACUUCUCCAGAAGGAGCGCUUGCAAAGCGACAGCUGUGAAGAUGUUUUCCAGUGCGACAUCAGCUGUACUAGUAAGAAAGAUUGCAGCCCCACUCCGGAAGAAUCUGCCCCAGGCGAAUGGAGUGAAGCUCUUUAUCCCUUGCUGACAACACUCACAGACUGCGUAGCCAUGAUGAGUGACAAGGCCAAGAAAGCCAUGGUCUUUUUAUUAAUGCAGGACAGCGCCCCGACAAUAGGGCUCUGCCUGAGCCUUCAGUAUCGCAGGGAUGUUGUCUUCUGCCAAACUCUGACAGCUCUCAUUUGUGGUUUCAUUAUCAAGCUGAGGAAUUGCCUGCAUGAUGACGGAUUUCUGAGACAACUCUACACCAUUGGCUUGCUGGCACAGUUUGAGAGCCUGCUGAGCACUUAUGGUGAGGAGCUGGCAAUGCUUGAGGACAUGAGUUUGGGAAUCAUGGACUUGAGGAAUGUAACCUUUAAAGUAACUCAGGCCACAUCAAAUACAUCUACUGACAUGUUGCCGGUCAUCACUGGAAAUCGUGAUGGAUUUAAUGUGAGGAUCCCUUUGCCAAGCGCCUUGUUUGAUUUGUUGCCGCGAGAGAUUCAAAGUGGCAUGUUACUGAGGGUUCAGCCUGUUCUUUUCAAUGUGGGAAUCAAUGAGCAGCAAACCCUAGCAGAGAAGUUUGGAGACACCUCACUGCAAGAAGUAAUUAACAUGGAAAGCUUAGUGCGGUUGAAUUCGUAUUUUGAGCAGUUCAAGGAAGUUUUGCCUGAUGAUUGUCUACCUCGAUCUCGUAGUCAGACGUGCCUGCCUGAACUGUUAAGAUUUCUGGGACAAAAUGUACAUGCAAGGAAAAAUAAGAAUGUUGAUAUCCUUUGGCAAGCUGCUGAGAUAUGCCGCCGACUAAAUGGUGUUCGAUUUACAAGCUGUAAAAGUGCCAAGGAUAGGACUGCCAUGUCGGUCACCCUAGAGCAAUGUUUGAUCCUACAGCAUGAACAUGGAAUGGCUCCACAGGUCUUCACCCAGGCUCUGGAGUGUAUGAGGAGUGAGGGUUGUCGGCGAGAAAAUACAAUGAAGAAUGUUGGAUGUCGCAAGUAUGCAUUUAAUUCCCUGCAACUGAAGGCUUUCCCAAAGUAUUACAGGCCUCCAGAAGGAACUUAUGGAAAAGUUGAAACAUAACCAUACUAUGUCCUUUAAUUGCUGUUCCAUUAAAACAUGUGGAUACGCUCUAGAUUAACACAUGAUUUUGUCAUCCAGAACAGAUAAAUAACCUUUUUGUACGUUUCACUAGGUUAUAGAGAGCAUGUUACUUACAGAAUUGGAAUCUAUAGUAACAAUUAUUCUGACACCUUAGCUUGAGAAUAGUGUGAUGACUCUCUGCCCAUUUAAAUAGCCUUCAGUGUAUGUAAGAUGAACAGAUAUUGUGCUACUUAAUUAUUACCUAUACGCGAAUAGCUAGGUACCCCCUGGAUGGGCAAGGACUCUAGGAACGGCCUUUAGGCAGCUGUUUCACAUAACGUCUUUUUAUACUGAGUUGACUUGAGAUUGAGCUUUUCAUAAUCUUUUUAAAACAGAGAGUAAAACUCAAAAGUUGUAAAUAAAAAGGGAUUGGAUCCUAGACAGUCUAAUAACUCUAGAAUGCAUUGUCACAAUCAACAAACAGAAGUUUAAC